AUGUUCGCACGUCAUGCCGAGACAUACCUCCAUGCCGAGAACCGGGAGCGCAACCGCAGACUACGCGCUCUGGUGGCCUCGCUGCAGGUUGCCUGCCGGUCGUACACACGUGUCGUUCUUCGCAUCCGCGCCCAGGCUGAGGCCGAGGCGCGCGCUCAUGCCUCUGCUGCGGCUUCGCCGAUAAGCCCACGGGGCGGCAGAGGUCUACCAUCCGUGAAGUCAAGCACCUCAGUGAACAACGUGCCCGCAGGCAAGAGGAGCUUCUCCCGCAGCUCCAGUCGCGCGCCGUCUCCCACGUCGUCCUGGAGCCACUCCUAUGGCCACGCUCGAUCGCCGUCUCUGCCGGGCCAAUCCUCCAUAGCGCCGUCGAUUAACGGACAUGGCGUGGGGGGCAGCAACGUCUUCCACUCCCCACUUUUCCGCCUCCGACGGGCGCCUCUCCUCCAGGUCUUCGUCCCUUCUCCUGAUGGAGACUGGCUGUCGGACUCGAGCGUGGUUGAAUGCGAGAAGGAGCUGAAGCGCGCAGGGGUUGUCAACCUGCUGCGCCCCGGAGACGUCGUGUGGGACACUGCGGUUGGUGACGAAGGCAACCUAGGCCGACUAGUGUGGGACGGAGGCUAUCUUAUCGACCUUGACUACACGUACUCGCGCGCGGGCGACCUGCCGCGGUACCUGCCGACGCUCGCGUUCGCGCCGUCGUACUUCCAUCGCGUCGUGCGCACGAUGGGGAACGGAAACCCGGUCUGCCACAUCGACAUCACGCCGUGGGGCGAGGAGGUCGCCGCGAACCUCCAGCUCCUCCAGGACCGCAUGAAGACCGAGACACCACAGGGCGGCCACCACAUGGUCGUGCGCUGGGUGCACCGCUCGUCGUUCACCAUCCGCCCGCCUGCAGGCGGGAAGCAGCUCCGGCUUGUCGUCCCGCGCGACGUCGGACCCGGCCCAGCGCCAGGCGGAGCGUGGCUCGUCGACUCCGACUGGUUCGGCACCGUCGUCGUCGAGGCGGAGGGCACGAACGAGGGCCUCGCGGACUUGCAAGCGCGCUGCGGAGGCGCGUUCCCUCCCCGCGCGGUUGGCGCCUCGUUCAGCCCGGAGCGCGCCGCGCGCGCGGAGGCGCAACGGAGCGUGUUCAGGAUCUUGAGGGAGAAAAGCCGGCCAGGAGAGAUUUGGAUUAGGACCGUGACAGAGAAGGAGAGGCUUCUGCCGCCCUAG